AUGGAUGCACCAGAGAAAACACAGAGAACUGCGAAAAAACGUCUCCCUGAGAACAGGCCCCAAGUCGCAGGAAAGGGGCUGUUGACCGAUGCCAGUGUUCCAAAUAGAAGUGAAUUCUCGUCGAGACCGGUAUGGAUAAUAAAAAGAAAACUGGCAGAUGCUACGGUGUCUCUGUAUCAAGCAAAUACAGGCGGAGAACAUAAUAACAAUUCUAAACUAGAUGGUAAUGCAGUCUCGACAGCGGAAAUAGGAAAGCCCCGCAAAGCUGCCAAACUUUACUAUACUCACGAUGUCAGCGAAGCAAAAUCGAAAGGGAAAGAAAGCUCAGAACCGGAGAACGACGAGCACCUUGACUCGAAUGAUAAGCCAAUUUACAGAUCUACUCAGAAGCCCAUUGGCACUAUGCUCUGCGAAAGUCCAACGGGAUCGUGCUGGAAGGUGUCUAGUGACGUUUCAGUUGCAGGGUCAUCCAUAUUGCCGGAUCAAGGAACAAUGGUCGAGUAUAAUCUAUCACAGAUGAAUCACCACUGGAUCAAGAUCUUGGUCAGAAAUCUCAAGGACGUGGCACAAGUCAAGUGCAGCGUUCGGGGUUGGAAGAAAACAUUACUUUAUAGCCUCGGAGCGGCGAACAUACCAGAUCAAGGAGACAUCGAGCUGGAGAAGAGAAUUGCGCAGGUGAAGAAGCAGCUGAGAAAAGGAAAAGUCUCCGCAGCAGAUGCCGACAGUCGACUCCAACGAUUGGAAGAAGAGCUCGAUUCCUGGGUUCCUGGAUGGCAGUGCGAGCCGCUCUAUGAGUUGAAGAUCUUUAGGUCCAUGUCUGAGAAUACGCAGAUUAUCAUUGUGCAACUGUCGUCCACCCAUGGAGAGCUCUUUAUCAGGACUGAGCGGAGCUCAGCCACGUGGAUCAAGUUUUUCGAUUGGUUGAAUGUCAAGCAGGCCAAUAUGCAUGGCUACAGUUCGAGGCGCAAAGCAGCGGAAUGGAAUGGCUUUGAAAUUGAAGAAAAGCUACUAGUGAAUCAUCCGUCUAUAGUAGCUCAACUCAUUGAGAUGGAGAGAUUAUUCUUGCGCUAUCAGUGUGUGGCGAUUUGGAAAACGAAGCCUCAGAAUAUGGGGGUUGAGUAUUGA